CUACCUCAGCCCGCCUUGAAUUCGCCGCAAACGACCAUCUCGUUGGCUGUCAUCGACUGUGCCGCGCCUUCGGACGACUCGGUGAACCAAAAGUGGUUUUUUUCGCGGGUUCUUUCGUGGAUUGAUUCAUCAUCCGCGUCGGGUCCAGCACUCCGCACGGAAUCAACUUUCUAUGGUUGGGGUGUUGAUAUUUCCAGAGAUCUUCGCUGCUUCACGAUAGUCUACCUAGACAUAUCCCCCAUCCCUUCUUUGACUCCUCCGAAUCCUCAAUCACCGUAGUCAACCUGCUUCGAUAGCUCCGUAGCCACGAUGUUAACCUUUCGGAGAGCGCUGAUCAUCGCGGCGGCGGUCCUCACCCUUUUCUACCUCCUCCGGAAUACCCAGGCCGAAAAGCAAAUCCAGACCGCAGAUAUGCUUCCAAAACCCGGACCAGUUAUCCCGCUGCAAAACAACGAUAAUCCAUCCCCCGACACGGCCGAACAACACACCCUCUCAACAAACUCACCGAAAGGCCAGAAGGACCCUUCUCGACGACACCGAAAACCGCAAACCCAAAUCUCACUUCAAGACCUGAGGGUUAAGCCUCUCAAGGAGCAACUCGCAUACAACUUCCCCUAUGACCCCGAGUCGAAGUUCCCGGCAUAUAUCUGGCAGACAUGGAAGUACACGCCGGCCUCGGGCAAGUUUGAUCCUACAUUCCGGGAACCAGAGGCGUCGUGGACCUUGCUACAUCCUCGCUUCGUUCAUGAAGUCAUCACCGAUUCAGUUGCGGUGCAACUGAUCAAGCAUCUCUAUUCUGCCACGCCCGAAGUGGUCGAAGCGUAUAAAGCCCUCCCUUUCCCGGUGCUCAAAGCCGACUUUUUCCGGUACUUGAUCUUGCUGGCGCGGGGGGGAAUCUAUUCGGACAUCGAUACGCAGGCGCUCCAGUCCGCUACCGAAUGGGUGCCACCGGAUGUUCCCCGUUCAAGUUACGGCAUGGUCAUCGGGAUUGAAGCGGAUCCCGAUCGCCCGGAUUGGGCGGACUGGUACUCGCGAAGAAUUCAAUUCUGCCAGUGGACCAUCCAAGCCAAACCGGGCCAUCCCAUCCUCCGAGCCAUUGUGACCAACAUCACCGAGGAGACCCUCAAGCGAAAAGAUCAGGGGACCCUUCCUAAGGACCAUGAGUCGGUGGUCGAAUACACCGGACCGGCUAUUUGGACCGACAUCAUCUUCAAGUUCUUCAACGAUCCGGAGUACUUUGACAUGAAUAGCGGCAAUGGGAACAUUACCUGGCGUCAAUUUACCGGCAUCACGAGCGCGAAGAAGGUCGGCGACGUGGUUGUUCUACCGAUCACCAGCUUCAGCCCUGGCGUGAAGACGAUGGGCGCGGGAGAAGACGACGACCCAAUGGCGUUUGUUAAGCACAACUUUGAAGGGACAUGGAAGCCGGCGAACUUGCGGCAUAUUGGCGAAACAUAUUGAACGGGUCAUUUGAAGCCACCCGAUCGUAUCUUGCACAAGGAGGCAUUGCGGAUUUAUCCCUGCUUUCAUGAUGUCUACGACUCUGGCUCUACUCGAUACCCAUAUCUCUCGAUGGCUUCUUUUUAGCCUUCUUCCUCCACAGCAACCAACUUCUAACUUGAGUAUCCGUUCAGUGGAGUGAACCUAAAUAGAUGGAGACGGCGUACCACUGAGCGUUCUUCGAAUAUCGAAAAUGACGAUUCAUGAGACCAUCGGCAGCGAAUCCGGUGGACCAAAUAGAGGGAUCUUUUUCCGGUGUUGGUAUGUUCCUUGAUAU